CCGGGGGUUGCAGGCAGCGAGGUGGGCCAGUAGAGAAGCGAGCGUUCGCCCGCUGCCCAGGAGAAGCCCUUGGAAGAAAGGUGGGAGAACGAAGGGGUGGGGUGCGGUGUCAGCGCAGGCGGAACGUGAAAUGGGGGAGGGGUGGCUGAGGGGUAGAGGUGGGCAGGUCGGCGGAGAGGGGAAGCCGAAUGUCCGAAACGGGGAGGAAUAGUUUUGUCUGCGGGGCGAGAGGGAGAUUCUCGAAGGUGCGGGCGUUGGAGGAUGUCUACUCCAGAUGAAUAGUGGGAAGGGCUGACUCAGAACUGGAAUAGAGAAUCUUGGAGCCCCAGGUUGUCUCUUGGAUCCUUGCGGCGGUAUUCUAAGGGGGCCACCUGGGCUUGGGACUCUUGGGGGCUUCUCGUUGUUGAGUAAUUAUUCCAUUAGUAAAUGUUCGAAGUGGCACUCAUUUGCUUGUCAGUUUACCCUUACAUUUGAAAAGGCUUGGACUAGUUUUUAGGACAAUAAAGGCCUACUUAGUCCUUUCGAUUGAAGGGAGGCAAAACUAAAAUGAGUACGUGUUCGGAUCUUAAGGAAUUUAAGUGUGUUUUAAAAUAACACAUAACUGCAAGCUAGAGAAUCCUUAACGCGUGAUAGCGAGCAUUCUAAUGUAUUUCCUUGAGCGUUUUCAGAAUCUAAACCUUAAAAUUUAACUUACUGAAGUCCAUUAUAAGAAGCUGUUGUAUUUGAAAUAAUAGAAUAGAACCUCUAAUUGAACCACAAAACAAUGAAUUAUAUUAAGCAUCUCCGUCUGUGAGAGAAAUGAAAACAAAUGUGAAGAAAAAGGAAGGAAAGACCCUUUAUUGUGUGUGCUUGUGUUUCACAUUGAGUAACAAAAGUGUAAUAAUUGAGAAGACUGCAACUGACAAUAGAGAUAUCUUUGAGCCUUUUGUGGCAGAUGAGUAUAUUGAACGUCUUGUAUGGAGAACCCCCGGAGGUGGCUCUAGAGGAGGACCUGAAGCUUUUGAUCCUAAAAGACUAUUAGAAGAAUUUGUAAAUCAUAUUCAAGAACUCCAGAUAAUGGAUGAAAGGAUUCAAAGGAAAGUAGAGAAACUAGAGCAACAAUGUCAGAAAGAAGCCAAGGAGUUUGCCAAGAAGGUACAAGAGCUCCAAAAAAGCAACCAGGUUGCCUUUCAACAUUUCCAAGAACUAGAUGAGCACAUAAGCUAUGUAGCAACCAAAGUCUGUCACCUUGGAGACCAGUUGGAGGGGGUAAACACACCCAGGCAACGGGCAGUGGAGGCUCAGAAACUGAUGAAGUACUUUAAUGAGUUUCUAGAUGGAGAAUUGAAAUCUGAUGUUUUUACAAAUUCUGAAAAGAUAAAAGAGGCAGCAGACAUCAUUCAGAAGUUGCACCUAAUCGCCCAGGAGUUACCUUUCGAUAGAUUUUCAGAAGUAAAAUCCAAAAUUGCAAGUAAAUAUCAUGAUUUAGAAUGCCAACUGAUUCAAGAGUUUACCAGUGCUCAAAGAAGAGGUGAAAUCUCCAGAAUGAGAGAAGUAGCAGCAGUUUUACUUCAUUUUAAGGGUUAUUCCCAUUGUGUUGAUGUUUAUAUAAAGCAGUGCCAGGAGGGUGCUUACUUGAGAAAUGAUAUAUUUGAAGAUGCUGCAAUACUCUGUCAAAGAGUGAACAAACAAGUUGGAGAUAUCUUUAGUAAUCCAGAAACAGUACUGGCUAAACUUAUUCAAAAUGUAUUUGAAAUCAAACUACAGAGUUUUGUGAAAGACCAGUUAGAAGAAUGUAGGAAGUCUGAUGCAGAGCAAUAUCUCAAAAAUCUCUAUGAUCUGUAUACAAGAACCACCAAUCUCUCCAGCAAGUUGAUGGAGUUUAAUUUAGGUACUGAUAAACAGACUUUCUUGUCUAAGCUUAUCAAAUCCAUUUUCAUUUCCUAUUUGGAGAACUAUAUUGAGGUAGAGACUGGAUAUUUGAAAAGUAGAAGUGCUAUGAUCCUACAGCGCUAUUAUGAUUCAAAAAACCAUCAAAAGAGAUCUAUUGGCACAGGAGGUAUUCAAGAUUUGAAAGAGAGAAUUAGACAACGCACCAACUUACCACUGGGGCCAAGUAUUGAUACUCAUGGGGAAACUUUUCUAUCCCAAGAAGUGGUGGUUAAUCUUUUACAAGAAACCAAACAAGCCUUUGAAAGAUGCCAUAGGCUCUCUGAUCCUUCUGAUUUACCAAGGAAUGCCUUUAGAAUUUUUACCAUUCUUGUGGAAUUUUUAUGUAUUGAGCAUAUUGAUUAUGCUUUGGAAACAGGACUUGCUGGAAUUCCUUCUUCAGAUUCUAGGAAUGCAAAUCUCUACUUUUUGGAUGUUGUGCAACAGGCCAAUACUAUUUUUCAUCUUUUUGACAAGCAGUUUAAUGAUCACCUUAUGCCACUAAUAAGCUCUUCUCCUAAGUUAUCUGAAUGCCUUCAGAAGAAAAAAGAAAUAAUUGAACAAAUGGAGAUGAAAUUGGAUACUGGCAUUGAUAGGACAUUAAAUUGUAUGAUUGGACAAAUGAAGCAUAUCUUGGCUGCAGAACAAAAGAAAACAGAUUUUAAGCCAGAAGAUGAAAACAAUGUUUUAAUUCAGUAUACUAAUGCCUGUGUAAAAGUCUGUGCUUAUGUACGAAAACAAGUGGAGAAGAUUAAAAACUCCAUGGAUGGGAAGAAUGUUGACACAGUUUUAAUGGAACUUGGAGUACGUUUUCAUCGACUUAUUUAUGAGCAUCUUCAACAAUAUUCCUACAGUUGUAUGGGUGGCAUGUUAGCAAUUUGUGAUGUAGCCGAAUAUAGGAAAUGUGCCAAAGACUUCAAGAUUCCAUUGGUAUUACAUCUUUUUGAUACUCUGCAUGCACUUUGCAAUCUUCUGGUAGUUGCCCCAGACAAUUUAAAGCAAGUCUGCUCAGGAGAACAACUUGCUAAUCUGGACAAGAACAUACUUCACUCCUUCGUACAACUUCGUGCUGACUAUAGAUCUGCCCGCCUUGCUCGACACUUCAGCUGAGGUUGAAUUUACAAAGGGAAUGUGUUGUACUUCAGCAGGCCUUGGUUGAUAGAAAGCACAGGAGACUCCUUAUGACACAGCCAACAUUUUAUGGAAAAAAUGACUGUUUGGAAGAAAACAGCAGCCAUGGUUACCUUUAAGGUUUUAUGUGAUGUUUGGACACCACUAGCUAUAUUUUGUCCCCCCCCUCCCCCGACCCCUCUCCCCCCCACCAAGUUGAAUUUUAAUUCCAUUCUUGAGCUUAUAAAUUUCAGAUUCUUUAAAACUAUGUGUGACUGUUUUCAUUCUGGAAAAUGUUGGUAUCAGAAGGCAAAUGAAAUAUUACCAGUGUUGUAGUUCUUGUUCUUUAACAUAUUCCAUUUGGAAAUGUUACCAUUCUGUUUUUCAUUAAUAAUAGGUGAAAUACAGCAAAAUCAAGUUUAUUAUUCAACAACUUUAAUGUCCUUUUUAGCACUGGUAAUUGUUAAUCAAGUUAUUUUAAGUUUUCCUGAAGAAUUUUUUGCCUCUUUUAAAAGGUUAACAGCAUAACUUCCGUAGUAGGUUGAUUGGAUUUUUUCUGAGGUAUAACAAUAAUACUAUUCUAAGAAAAAUGUCAUAAAUUAAAUUAAAAUGGUGAAAUGUUUUAUGUAGAUAUUAGAAGUGGUUCAUAAUAUGUCUGCUUUCUGGGUAAGACUUAAAGUUACUAUUUCUUAUUUGGUAAAUAGAUUUUAAGCCAAUUCUAGCAAGGAAUUAAUAAAACUACCUUAUUUUGUAUUUCACUUUUAGAUAAGGUAGCAGACCUUAACUAAAGAAUCGUAUUUAUUCAUUAUUUUAAUAUUAUAAGGGAAGUAAAAAAAAAAAGUGAGGUAUGGUCUAAAAGAUGUAUAUGAGAAAUAUUGACAGUGGUUAGCAAUAAUGCAGUCCGUUAAGAUUUCUCUAUUCAUGCUAAACUUGAAUAAGAUGGGAUGGCUGAACAUGCAGGUGGUCUUCUAUUUUAAAAGGAAUUGGGAAUUGAUAGAUAUUGUAUAUUCUUAGUCUGGAGAUAAGCUUUGCAAAGACUGGUUGCUUUUCAUAUCUGUAGGUCUGUUGUUCUUUUUCAAGGCAUUUGUGAAGUCACUCCUACUUGGAUAUAGUUAAUUGGCUUAAUUUAAUUUAGUGACAUAAUAAAUCACUUAUAAAAUUUUAAACAUCAAGUGAAAAUUUAGAAAGGCCAUUCUAUAAACUCUAUAAACUUGCUCUGCAAGAAUAUAUUCUAAAUUAUAUGUAGUGAAACUUUAAUGUUCAUUCUUGGCAUUUUUCCUUUAAUAUAGGCUUUUUGGCCUAAUUUUGUUUGGAAAACUGCUUUUCUUCUGAGAACCUUAUUCUGAAUGGUAAUCAACUUUACCAAACCUUCUAGUUCCAGAGCUAACUACUGUUUAAGUUAGUAUUUACUGAAUUUACUUCAUUUUAUGUUUAGCCCAGUGUUAUCAAGGUAAGCAGGGGAAAUGAAGUAUGCCAACUUUUGUCAAAGCAUUUUAGGACAUUGUGGCAGCUUUAGAAGGCUGUCUGAUUUUCUAUUCUUUAGCCAAGGGAGAGCCAGAACAGGUUUUGGAUACUAGAGAAAGUCAUAUGCUUGUACUAUUGCCAUUUUAGAAAGCUCUGAUGUGAAUUCAAAUUAUACCUCUGUUACUUAAAGCCAACAAUUUUAAGGCAGUAGUUUUACUGGCCAUUUGAGUUCUUUGUACAGUGUCAAUUUGUAAAAAAAAAAAAAAAAAAAAAAAAAAUCUCAAAUAAAACAUGAGAUAACAUUUUAAGACUUCCUAAUCAGAGAAUCGCUUCAAAUUUUUUGUUUGGAUUAAUUUUUAAAAUGUAAAGCAUAUACUUGUUGCUUAGAUAUUUUGUUAAUUAUUAUUUCCAUGCUUGAGUUCUGUGCAAGUUUUCAUUAUGUCCAUUGACAAGACAUUGACAAAGAAAACUCAUGAGUGAAUACAUAAUUUAGAAAUGUUAAUAUUAAUGCUCAAUAAACAAAUUCCUUACAA